AUGAGUACAAAGAUCACAACGCCAACAACUAGCGCAAAGCAAAGAGAAGUUGUCCCGUGUAGAGUCAGAGGAUUUUUUCAUUGUAACACAAGCAAAAGAUCCGACGAAUAA